UCUCCUGAGGCUCAGUGAUGGACAGCAGCAGCGAGCAGCUGGGUGGGGGUGAGGACGAGGCGGCCUGUACAUCAGCUUCAGAGGGCCUGGAGGAAGGGGAGGUGGAGGGGGAGACUCUGCUGAUUGUGGAGUCAGAGGAUCAGGGAUCAGUGGAUCUGUCACAUGACCAGAGCGGAGACUCUCUGACCAGCGAUGUAGGCGAGGAGGCCGACGGAGGCUGGGCCUGCGAGGACAUGUCGUUCUACUGUGACCGCUGCCACAAGUGGAUACCUGCAGCUCAGCUCCGCGGCGAACAGCCCAGCUACUUGAAAGGGGACAACUUCUUCAAAUUCAUCUGCUACGACUGCUCUGAGGACAGCAAAGAGAGCUUCGAGAGGAUGAGACUCACCUGGCAGCAGGUGGUGAUGCUGGCCAUGUACAACUUGUCCCUGGAGGGGACGGGUCGACAGGGUUACUUCAGGUGGAAAGAGGACAUCUGUGCUUUUAUUGGCCGACAUUGGAACUUCCUGCUCGGAACAAGGAAGAAGACGUCCACAUGGUGGAGCACAGUGGCCGGUUGCCUGUCGGUCGGCAGUCCCACCUUCUUUCGCUCAGGAGCACAGGAGUUUGGUGAGCCCGGCUGGUGGAAGCUGGUUCAGAACAGACCUCCGACCCUGAGACCAGAGGUGGACAAAUCCACUAGUAGGGCUAAAGCUUCUAAACCUGCCAUAGACCCGAUUAUUACCGUUGAGGGUCUGAGGAAGCGAGGAGCCAAAAACCCUGUAGAGAACGCCAUGCAGCUUAAAGAGAAGCGUUCUCGUACACAAGAGGCCAAAGAGAUCCGAAGGGCUCAAAAGGAGGCAGUGGGAGGCUACAAUGACCGCAGUGCCUCCUCCACACCCGUCAAACUGGGUGGAGGCCGCGGUGGGAGCACUGGACGCCGGCCUGAUCUCGUCCUGGAGAAAGGUGAGGUAAUUGAUUUCUCCUCCCUCAGCUCUUCAGACCGAACGCCGCUCACCAGCCCAUCGCCAUCACCUUCACCUGACUUCUCCGCCCCGGGCACGCCGGCAUCUCAUUCAGCUACACCUAGCUUGUUGUCAGAGGCCGACCUUAUCCCUGAUGCCAUGCCUCCACAGGCACUGUUCCAUGAUGAUGAGGAGAUGGAGACAGAGGGGAUGAUCGAUCCAGGGAUGGAGUACAUCCCUCCUCCCAGUACCAGUCUUGUUGCCCAUAAGAAGCUUCGCCCAGUGCCACCAAACAUCAAACGUGAGGCAAACAGCGAGGACGAUGAAGGCUGCGAGCGUGAGGAUUAUUUUGAAGAGCCAGUAAGUCGAAGUGAAGGCCCAUCACUCUCUGCUGUGGGCUGUGUUGGUGCCGGGGGGCUCGAAAGGAGGAGGAUGACUCAUCCUGAGAAAGCAGAUGGAGCUGGCAUAGUUUCCCAGAGUCCUCAUUAUGCCCCCCUCAGUCUUUAUGAGGAGAGGAUGCUGCUGCGACGGCUGGAUGCCUGCCCACUGGCCUUAGCCGUCACUCCGCAAGCUAAACGCCUCCACAGGAAGCUGCUGCUUCGCCAGGCAAAGAGGCAGAGAGGACUCCCUUUGCUGGAUAUUGAUCGGGCAGUCAGCGCCACCCUCAGUUUGGUGGGAGGCAUCUACGGUGCCCAGGAGACAGGAACAGUGAUGGGAGGUGGAGUCAUGGGGAAAUACUGCACCAACAGCCAGGAGCUGCGUAUUCUAGAUCGCUUCCAGACAAACCUCUCUAGCCGAAGGGGCGUCCAGCAGCAUUCAGUGUCCUUCUGGCAUCGUCUGAUGGGAGCAGAAGGCAGUUUGGACCAGAGCAUCAAGAGUCCGUAUACUUCCCGCAUCUUGAAACCGUACAUCAGGAGGGAUUAUGAGAGUCGUCCGGUGAAGCUGAGGCUGCUGGCAGAGAUCAGAGCUUACCCUCACAGAAACGAGCCUGACUGGGUCCCUGAGCCUGAUUCCUCCAUCGACUACUGCUACGUCCGCCCGAACCACAUCCCCUCCGUCAAUGCCAUGUGUCAUGACAGCUUCUGGCCAGGUGUGGACCUGUCUGAGUGUCUGCAGUACCCAGACUUCAGCGUGGUCGUCCUCUAUAAGAAAGUCGUGAUUGGCUUCGGUUUCAUGGUGCCUGAUGUGAAGUAUAAUGAGGCCUACAUCUCCUUUCUGCUGGUCCAUCCUGAGUGGAGGAGAGCCGGCAUCGGCACCUUCAUGAUCUACCAUCUCAUCCAGACUUGUAUGGGGAAGGACGUGACGCUGCAUGUGUCGGCCAGUAAUCCGGCUAUGCUGCUGUACCAGAAGUUUGGAUUCAAAGCGGAGGAGUACAUCCUGGACUUCUAUGAUAAGUACUAUCCUGUGGACAGCACUGAGUGCCGCCAUGCCUUCUUCCUCCGACUGAGACGCUGAGACAGCAACACCAUUUUUGUUUUCAGAUGUACAACCGGUCUGAUAGUUUGAGCCGCAGAGCCAGUCCACUGCUGCACACCUGGACAGUUCUUCUGCUCAGUCCAGGGAUUCAACCAACAACCCCCACUUACAGGCCGCUGUCUGCCAGGCUGGACAAAAUGGAAAUGAUAAAUGGACUUGUACAGUGCUUUUCUGCCUUGGUGCUUAACAGAUUCACCCAUUCACAUACUGAUGGCGGCAGAGCUGCCAUGCAAAGCGCUGGCCUGGCCGCUGGGAGCAACUUGGGGUUCAGUGUCUUGUCCAAGGACACUUUUACAUGUGGACUGGGCAGAACGGGACUCAAACCACAGACCUUGUAAUCACGGGUUGACCCGCUCUACCCCUGCGCCACAGCCCCCCCAACACUGAGUCUCACAGUAUUUGUGGUUAAAUUAAUAUAUUGACUGGGUUUUUUCUGAAGACAUUUAGUCAAGAAAUUGAUCAUGCACAACACGUGCCACUCAGCCAGACCAGUCAUGUGGACUAAACCACAACCUUCAUAUGGGCUUGUAUCCAAACAUAGGCUGAAGCCCCUGAUAACAUCUAGUUUUGUGUGUCCGCUGUCUUUUUGUAUUGUUUGGUUCAGUUUCCCACUACACCUGUGUUUCUUCAACCAUUAGAGCCAAAAUGAAACUCACUAGAGUUUAACACUGGAUGUCUAGUUAAUGUUUCUUAGGUUGGGUGGACACAGAUACUGUAUAUGUUCAGAUGCGGAGCGUGAUCGGGGGGGCGCGACAGCAGCAGACGUGUUGGUGUCGCCCCCUACAGGCAAAAAGUAACUGCUGCUGCAAUUGUAUCACUUUGACCACCUGCAGGCAAAGACUCUUUCUUUUUAUAGCUGCCGUUUGAGAGUUUUUGAGCUUUUUGCUAAAAUAAAAUAUUGUUGAAAUAGGA